AUGAAUCGUACAUUAUUCGAUUGUGGUAUCAAAAAGUCAGUAGAACUGAAAGAUGGACGGCUUUACGACAUUACAGAAACAUUAGGAAAGUCAGUUGAACUGAGCAGCAAAUCUUUGAAAUGCAACAUCUGUGAAAAAUCGUUUACAGGAGAGCAGUAUCUUAACAUUCACGUGCGCCUAAAACAUGAAAUUCAGUCUGCUGCUGCGGCUGGUAACACUCAUCGUAGUUUAAGCCAAGGACCAUCUGGAGUGUUGCAGACAGAUUCAUUAGAGAAUCUUGACAAUCGUCAAUCUGAAUCAGACAAAGAAUUCAAUAUUAAUGGCCAGUCGGGACAAGGCCAAAGGCCACAACAACAGGAAAAGCGAAGAGGAAGUGCUAAACGGAACUCAUACACCCUGGACUUUAAAAUAAAAACUCUUAACCGUUUGGAUCAAAUCAAAACCAAGGGAAAGGUGGGCAAAUUUUUAGCAGUUGCAAAGGAAAGGGGAGUCAGCAAAUCCCUGGUGAUAAAAUGGAACAAAGAAAAAGACCGAUUACAAGAACAACUAGUCCUCAACAAAUACAGGAAAAACACGGGCCCAACCACAGCUGCUAGACGAAGGCGGAGAAUUACUGAUAACCGAUCAAAACAUAUGGAAAAGUACCCUCGGGCAUCAAAAUUACUGGUAUCAGAAUUUAAACUGCGUAGAGCAGCAGGCAGCAAAGUUUCUAAACUUUGGAUUAAGAAAACAAUGAAAGCUAAAAUCGAAAUGUGCUACGGUAAAGAAGCAGCAGAAAGGUUUAAAGGCAGUCACAACUGGUUUCAGCGAUUCAAGAAAAGACAUGGCAUUGUUCUCAGACGUCGCACAAACAAAAAGAAAGAUUCUGCAGAUGAUGGUAGGAGUACUAUACAGAAGUUUCACAGGAAUUUGAGGAAAUCUUUAAAAACACAAAGGAGAAGAAACAGGUCUUCUAUUGAUCCAAAAUAUGGAAGAUGGCUACCCAAGAACAGAUACAACAUUGAUCAGGUGCCCCUUGCAUUUGUUACUGGGCAAGAAACAACUUAUGAUACAUUGGGUAGCAAGCAGGUAUGGGUGUCACAACCAUCAUCUGGCUUAGAUAAAAGGCAAGCUACCCUACAACUUUGUAUACGUGCCGAAGGUGAACAAAAUGUCAAGCCAGCCAUCGUAUUCAGGGGAAAGGGGAAUUUAAGUAUCUUUGAGAAAGAACAGUAUGACAAGGGAGUUGAUGUGUUUUACCAGCCAUCUGCCUGGAUGGAUACAGAGGUAAAUAUGCAGUGGGUCAAACAAACACUUGUUCCUGGGAUUGGAAAAGACAAAGAUGACAAGGUUAUCUUUGUUGAUAAUGUUGGUUUUCAGCAAAGCAAGACAUUUCACCAAGUAUGCAGAAAUGAAAUCAAUGCAUCAGUGUACAUGCUUCCUGAAAAUCACACGGAUAAGAUCCAGCCAGUUGAUGCAGGAUGUGGAAAAAUGAUGAAAGUAAAAAUAGCCGCAGAAAUGGAAAGGUGGUUGGAGGAGGAACAAAAUCUAGAAAAAUGGCAUGACAAACUCUCAGCCAGAGAAAGAAGGAUCCUUAUGACAAAGUGGACAGCAGAGGCAUGGAGGGAGCUAAGUAAAAAUAAAGAAUUUUUUAGAAGAUUGUUUGAAAAAACUGGCUGUUUGUUAACAGCUGAUGGUUCAAAUGAUGAUAAGAUCUGCCCCCAAGGGCUAGACAAUUACCAAUUCUAG